GAAAUUAAAAGAUUACAGCUCUUACUGAAGUUGUACAUCAUGGAUUUGUGGCUAUUUUAUGUGCUGCUGAGCGGGGUUAUUCUGCAGAUAGUUUGCUGUCUGCCUGUUCAAGAACUACAGGAAAGAAAUGAAGACAGUGGAAUAGAUCAAGAUAUCUUUGAUAUCAAUGAAGCAUUGGGACUGAACUUGUUCGAGGGUGAUAUCAAACUUGAUGAGAGACCAGAACGUAACUCCAUUAUUGGCAAUGAAUAUCGAUGGCCUCACACCAUUCCAUAUGUCCUUGAGGACAGCCUAGAUAUGAAUGCAAAGGGGCUGAUCCUCAAUGCAUUUGAACAGUAUCGCCUAAAAUCCUGUAUUGAUUUCAAACCCUGGGAAGGCGAAGCAAAUUACAUAUCUGUCUUCAAAGGGAGUGGUUGCUGGUCCUCUGUGGGAAACCGCCGAAAAGGGAGGCAAGAACUCUCCAUAGGAGCCAACUGUGACAGGAUUGGGACGAUUGAGCAUGAAUUCCUUCAUGCACUGGGAUUCUGGCAUGAACAGUCACGAUCUGAUCGAGAUGAUUAUGUCACAAUAAUGCGAGACAGAAUUCAGGAGGGUAAGGAAGGAAACUUCAACAAAUAUGAUGAUAAAAGAUCUGACUUCCUUAAUGUCCCAUAUGACUAUAACUCUGUAAUGCACUACAGUAAAAAUGCCUUCAGGAAUGGAACAGAACCAACAAUAGUAACAAAUAUACCAGCCUUCAUUGAUGUGAUUGGACAGCGCAUGGAUUUCAGUGAAUAUGAUAUCCGGAAGCUGAGUCGACUCUACAACUGCACUUCGUCUUUAAGCUUUAUGGAGACGUGCAGUUUUGAAUUUGAAAACGUGUGUGGCAUGAUUCAAAGUACAGAAGAUAAUGCUGACUGGCAGCGCAUAACCCAGGUUCCUAGUGGACCACAAACGGAUCACACCUAUGUUGGAAUCUGCCAAGAGACUGGCUACUUGAUGCAUUUUAACACCAGUGCUGGAAGUGUGUCAGAUCGAGCGGUUUUAGAGAGCCGAUUUCUAUAUCCCAAGAGAGGUUUCCAGUGCCUACAAUUCUAUUAUUACAACAGCGGAAGUGAAAGUGAUCAGCUGAAUGUUUUAGUCAAGGAAUACACUGAUGCAAGCCCCAAUGGUACCCAAAGGCUUGUGAAAACGAUACAAGGUUCACCUGCAGGCUACUGGGAGUUACACCAUGUGUCUUUAAAUGUUGCAAGUAAAUUCCGAGUAGUAUUUGAAGGCAUAAAAGGACCCGAUGGAUCUAAUGGAGGCCUUUCCAUUGAUGAUAUCAACCUGUCAGAAACUCAGUGCCCUCACCAUGUUUGGCAUAUAAGAAAUUUCACUCAGGUGGUUUCAAGUGCUACAACACAAUAUAGUCCACCCUUUUACUCUCCCAAAGGGUAUGCAUUUCAGAUUGGUUUGCUCCCCACCAGUUCAUUUAAUUUACACAUACAUUUGCACUUGAUCUCUGGUGCAAAUGAUGACCGGUUGCAGUGGCCUUGUGCAUGGCAACAAGCUACAGUGCUUCUGCUUGAUCAACAUCCAGACAUCCGCCAACGUAUGUCAAAUCAAAGGAGUAUAACUACAGACCCAAGCCAACUAGUAUAUGAUAGACCAGACAAUGUAGGAAUGGUCGCUACUUUUCCUAAUGGCACUGAAUUCAUGAGAGGUCCUGCAACUGAAUUCAGUUCCUUUAUAACACAACAAAGGCUUGAAAGUCGUGAGUUUGUUAAAGAGGAUAGUAUUUUCAUUCUUACAACAGUGGAAGAUAUAUCACAUUUAAUAUCAACUCAGCCAAAUUCUACAGCCGUCACUCCAACUACAGCCACUAGUGUGUGUGAGGCCUAUGGUUGUCAAAAUGGUGGAAUCUGCAUUCUUGAAGAGGGGAAGCCAGUUUGCAGAUGCCCUGUAGGUGCAGAUUGGUGGUAUGUGGGAGAAAAAUGCGAGCAGAAGGGAUCCACACAGGACACAGUUGUGAUAGCAGUUGCCUCGUCUCUGUCUAUAUUUGCCGUUAUGUUGAUCAUCACCAUUGUAACGACCAGCUGUAUUAAAAAGAAAUAUAGGAAAAAAAUGGAAAGCCUGGGUUUACAAAAUAAAACACCUCUCUGAAGAUAGUGAAAGUUUGGAAACCAAAAUGGAUGGCCUCACUUGAACACCUUAUUCAUAACUUCAUGUCCAGCACAGUUUCUCCUUUGCCAACCAACAUUUUACUUACAGGAAAAAAGGGAAAGGAAAUUAUUUGUGUGUGAGUUUAAAUCAAUGCAAAAAAAGCGGCUAAACGUGAUAUUUUAAAUUUUGAGAUGGUGCAAGUUUAAGGAUUUCUCUAGCAUGGAACAUUUCCUGGAUAAGCAAAGUGGUCAGAUUUCUUUAUUUCCACCACAUAAUUUAUGAAACAAAACUGGGAGGUUUCCCUUCUGUAUAAACAAUAUGGACCCAGAGUGAAGACAUGUGUCCUACUUUUUUUCCAGAGGGGUGUCUUUUGCAGGUGGUUCCCCUCCAGAAUCUUUAAAUGGCCUUUUAAACAUCUGAGUUCAAAAAAUUGUUUGGGGAUUUGGCACGAUAGCAUUUCAAGGGGGAAAGUGGGUGGAAAAUCACAUAUGCUUCAGUGGCAGCCCUUUUCUGAAAAACUCAUCAACUGCCUGGCUGCUUUGUGAACUCAAAGGUAUAAAAAGCUGUUAACCUCCCUUCUAGGGAGGUAACCGAAAUUCUAAGAUGUGUUUAGGGCAUUUCCACUGGGGAUGGCUAUAUCAGUUGUGCAAAAUAUUAGCAAAACCUCUUUGGGGAUAACAGAACCUGCCUGCUUUCUUCCAAUAUACUGAAUGAUGGAGCUUCCCAAUUUUAUUUAUUAGGUUGUUAAAAUGUGCCCAAGGAUAAAAGUAGCUUAUUGUAGGCGCCAUCAGACAAAAUGGGGAGAAGAGUUGUAUUACUGAGGUUAGCCUUUAUUAUCUUGCUAACACUGCAUAACAGAGUUGUACAAGUAUGAUGAGCAAAGGAUAAUAAAAACAUCAAUGCCCUAUUAACUUUGUAUGCUCCUAUGUAUUAAUAGGAGAUGGAUCUUCUCUACUGAAUGUCCCCAUUGUAAAGAACUCUCAUUACCUUCAAAGAUCAAACCCAAAAUAGCUUUAAUAUACUUGCAGCCAUGAAUGUAUUGUAUUAAAAGGUGCCAGUGAAGAAAAACAUGUAUGUAUCGUCUUAACUAUAGGCUGUAAGUCUUAUUAGCUAAAAUAUGAAAUUUAAUCAGUUGCUUUAAUGUGAAUUCUCUGAAAACCGUAUCUUUGCCAUAUCAUUUCUUCUCAUAUAUAUAUAUAUAUAUAUAUAUAUAUAUAUAUAUAUAAAAUCACAAUCACAUGUUUUCCAAACAUAACACCCCAUCUUAUACAACAUAACAAACCUUUGGCUAUCACAGCCUAAGACUUCUGUCAACCUCGACUAAUGGUUUUCUAACUUUCUUUCUGAUUUUGCAUUUUAUUUUAAUAGUUAUUGCUAUAAAAUCCAAAUCCUAAACAAA